CCCAAACACGGGCAGGACCCAGAGGGGGCGCGGCCAAACCCCGCGAACAACAGCCAAACCUCGGGGGCGUGGCCGGCGUGGGCGUGGCCACCUGGCUCAGGUGAGGCGGAAGUGGCGGCGGGGCCAUGAACGGACUCCCGGGCUGGGCCGCGCUCCCGGAAUCCCCGGAGCUGAGCAUGAGGCGUCCCACGGAAUUCCCAGAAUUUCCCAGCCCUGAAAACUCCCCCGGAUCCCUGGAAGAUUCUGGAGGGGGCCCCAAAUCUGCCUGGAAUCCAGAGGAGGCCGGGCCGGUGCUGAGGCUGCGCCUGCCCCGAGACCCCCCCGGGGAGCCCCGGCCCAAACAGAAGCCGGUGGGCAGAGCCUUUGCCAUGGUGGCCAAGAGAUCCGAUGGGAAUUCCUUGGCCUCGGAGUGCGUCAAAUCCAAGGACGGCGAUGAGGAGAUCAUUAAGGUUUACCUCAAGGCUCGCGCCGACCACGAGGAGCCGGUGACACAACUCAAGAGCGAAGUCCGGCACAUCCAGGAGGCUGGGAGUGCUCUCAAAAAACUCCGUGAAGAUUUGAGCACCAAACUCCAGACCCGGACGGAAUUUCUGGAAUUCCGGGAAUUCCAGGAGAGCUCAGAGGUGGUGCUGGAGAAGCGGAACCAGAGCUGCUCCUGCUGGGAAAAUUCCCAGGAUAAUCCGGAGGACCCCGAAGCCCCGCGGCUCCUGUGGAGGCUCCAGGAGGCGGAAAAGAGGCACCAGCUGGAGCGGAGCGGCCUCGAGAGGGCGCUGCUGCGGUGCCAGGAGGACGUGGAGCGGGUGGAUUCUGCCCGCAGCCGAGCGGAGACAGAGGUGGAGCAGCUCCAGAGGCUCCUGGCCGGCAUGGAAAAGGAUCACCGGGAUCUGCUGGCACGGAUGGAGUCUGGACAGGCAGAGCUGGAGCGGCUCCGGAAGGCGGAAGGGGAGAGAGCGGCGCAGCAGGAGCGCUCAUCCCAGCUGGAGAAGGAGGUGGCAGGGCUCCGGGAGAAAAUCCAUCACCUGGAUGAUAUGCUCAAGAGCCAGCAGCGCAAAGUCCGCCAGAUGAUUGAGCAGCUGCAGAAUUCCAAGAGCGUGAUCCAGGCCAAGGACGCAGCGAUCCAGGAGCUGAAGGAAAGAGUUUCCUACCUGGAAGCAGAGAAUCUGGAGAUGCAUGACCGGAUUGAGCACCUGAUCGAGAAACAAGUGAGCCGGGGCGGGAGCAGUGCCCGCGCACGCUCCAAGUCGGAAUACGUCAGCAGUAAACGCCUCCCAGGCCCAAAGCCACUGCCCCUGAUCCGAGUGGUGGAAACCUGAAUUUUGGGUCUGGGCCCAACCGGAUCCUUCCCCUUCGGAAUGACCGGAAUUUCCAGCUGGAGUCAGAGCCCUUCCUGAGGGAAGAGGUUUGGGAUCGCCCCGGGCACGAUUCCAGGUCGGAAUCGGUAAUUUUCCCCCUUUUCCCAGCGAUUUUCCGGCUCUCGCCAUUCCCGUGUGGAGUCCAGAGGUUUUUCCUAACUGGAUUUGAGAUUUCACCUUUUUUUUGGGAAUUUCCAAAUCAAAAUCUUGGAUUCUGCUUUUUUCCUGAAGAAAGAUUCCAAAAAGCUGGGAGCCACCACACUGUCAACCUCCAACACCACCCUUGGACUUGGAAAAUGCUCUCCCAACCCUAAAAAUUCCGUGUCUUUCUGCUGAAUCCUGUGUUUUUCCCACGUAAUUUCCUGCUUUUCCCGCAGAAUUACAUGCUUUCCCCCCCAAAUGAUUAUUGUUGAAAUUCCCAUGAUUUUGGGAUUUUAUUCCCUGUAUUUAUUUCUGUAAAUUAUCAGAGUCUCCGGGUGAGGUGGGGGAUGGGCACAGGCUGGAAUUCUUGGGAAUUUUGGCCCAGGACUGCCCCAAUCCCACGUUUGACCCCGAAGGCUCCAACCAGGAUCCCUCGGGAUUCCCUUGGAGUUUUUUAAUUCCUGGUUUUCGUAUUAAAGAUAAAAAAUUCUGUCUGCUUUAAA